AACCUACAAUCAGUGUGUGUUGUUUUUGUUUUUAUUCAAUCAUGGCUCAGCGGAGGACGGUGACACCUAUCAUAGCUACAAUUCGGAAUUGGUUCCUCGGAUUCAAGCAUCAAUCACCUCUUCGUUAUGAAGAAGAAUAUGCUAAAAGAACUCAACCACCUCCAAGCUUACCUGUAGGUCCUCAUCAUAAACUUUCUGGUAACUAUUAUUAUACUCGAGAUGCUCGUCGAGAGGUUUUGCCACCAGUAGUAGCUUACAGCCCAACACCAGCUAUUGCUGCAGGAGAAUCUGCUGAGUCUCAAGAAACAGUAAAAAAACUGCCACCAAUUCCUGGCUUUGGUUAUGAUUGGUCUACAGGGAAAUCAGAAUUCAAGACGAAAUGAAGAUUAAUAUCUGAUUAGAUAAUGUUGCUUACACACGACCAUGCUACCUUGGCUGAGAAGUCCUUUGAUAAAAUUCAAAAGAAUUGCUUGUGUAAGAAUCAGAAAAAAACAAGUUAUUUAUAGAAUUAAAUACAAGUUUGUAAA